AAGUUCUGUGUAGCACCGCGGAGUCUGACCCCGCCUCAAAUAAAACGCUCCAGGGCGGUUGCUAUGACAAAAGAGAAAUGAUCCCUUGGCAUACCUCCUUUGCUCGUGAUGGUUUCUCAGCAACGCAAAACACCAGUGUAAGACUAUGCUCAACCUUGAAGUUCUGUAGCUUUAUUGCAGAAAGGCAAAGUAGACCGACGUAAAUAAGUAACACACGAUUAAUUCUUAUUCUUAGCACAGUGCAUUCGGCAUCAUCCCACUUAUUUAUUCACUGAAGACGUUUACAGAAACGACAAUGGAGAUCCUAACUCUUCCCUUUAUAAAACCGGAUGACCCCCGUUUAACGCUGAAAGUGGAAAAUAGAAUGAGAAACAUCUUUGUGACCCAAUUAGAAGAGCCCAGAGAGGACGAAAAUGAAAAUAUCAAAUAUAUUCCAGUCAUCAAUGAGGCUUCCAGUAAGAUUUUACAGACUGGGGUAAACACCCUCCAGAAAACCCUAGUUCUGAAAAAAGAGGUGGAAGUGGAAGACAUCAACAGGCAGCUAACGACCAAACGCCAGGAGUUUGCCAAUCGCAUGGAGGCCUUGGCACGGCGGAAAGCUGAGUUUGAGCUGAAACAAAAAUUGACAAAAGAGAGAGCUUUGAAAUUUGACAAGUUCCUCCAAGACAAUGAGAGCAAACGGCGGAGAGCCCUCAGAAAUUACCAGAUGGAGAGGAAACACAAUGAACUGAAGGAGAAAGAGAUACAGGAUCUCCUACAGGAACUUGAGAAGCUUCAAGUCAGACAACAGCAUUUAAAGAAGAAGGUCGAGAAAAACAAAAUGCAUGAAGAUUAUUUGCUGAAGAUUAUUGAUCACCUGCCAGAAAAUUACCUGGAGUAUGGGGCAGACUCUCUGGUUAUGCCUAUUAUCAGAAGGCAUGAGACCCUGGCAGUCACCAAUGAGGCACUAGUCAGGCAGCUGAGCAGCCUGUCAGAGGAGCUUGAGAAGAGCCAGCACAAACUGGAGUCUCUUCACCAGGAGCAUGAUACGAACAAGCUUGUAAGAGGACAUAGAAUUUACAGUGACAUCCAUACGUACAAAGGCCUGCCAGUUUAAAACAAACCUCAUUGAGGUGGAGAACACAUCUAUACAAUGCAUAACCAAGCAUGGCAUAUAAUGUAGCAGAUAUGAAGUAUCGAACUUGAAUUGGAGUACCUGAGAGUCUGACACUGAUAUCCAUACAUUAGUUAGCUGGUAAUCAGGCCACUUUAACCUUUAUGACCUUUAAUUCACCUUGUGAAUUAAAUUAUGUUUAAUU